CUGUGCAAAACAGCGGCGAUAGCAAAGAAGGCUAGAUAGCUAACCGAACAAAUACAUGUCUCACUCGUCCAGAAUAGCUUAUCUAAUAUUUAUUCAGAUCUAUAACGAUGCGCGGCUUAUACAAUUGUAAACGAGGUUGUUUUAAGAUUGAGUAAAUGUCUACUAGCCAGUUAAGGCGGAGCGUACUGUACAAAUCUAACUUUAGUGGAAUUCCAGCUUCACAGCCAACAUCAUCGACGACGACGUAAAAAAUAAACAAACAAACAACAAUAUUUAACAUAGCUAAAUAUCAGCAGCAUGGAUACGAAUGUGCAGAAGAGACGUGAGAACAAGAAAUCACUGCGUGUAAAAGUGAUCAGCCUUGGCAAUGCCGAGGUGGGCAAGAGCUGCAUCAUCAAGCGAUACUGUGAGAAGAGGUUUGUGCCCAAGUAUCUGGCCACCAUAGGGAUUGACUAUGGAGUCACCAAAGUCCAGGUGCGUGACAGGGAGAUCAAAGUGAACAUCUUUGACAUGGCAGGACACCCAUUCUUCUACGAGGUUCGUAAUGAGUUCUAUAAGGACAGCCAGGGAGUGGUGUUGGUGUACGACGUAGGUCUGAGGGAGAGUUUUGAUGCGCUGGACAACUGGCUGAGUGAGAUGAAACAGGAGAUGGGUUCCCAGGCUAACAUGGAGAGCAUCGUUUUUGUCGUCUGUGCCAACAAGGUGGACCUGACUAAGCGUCGUGUGGUAGACGAGGGAGAGGGUAGGCUGUGGGCGGAGUCAAGAGGGUUCCACUACUUUGAGACGUCAGCACAGAGCGGAGAGGGUAUCAGUGAGAUGUUUCAGGCGUUUUUCUCCUCCAUAACGGACAUGUGUGAGAACGGCGGGAAGCGCCCGGUGGCAGAGGUCAGUGUCGGCUUCACCAAGGAGCAGGCCGACACCAUCCGACGCAUACGGAACAGCAAGGACUCCUGGGAUAUGCUGGGGGUCAAACCUGGAGCCACACGGGAGGAGGUUAACAAGGCUUACAGGAAGCUGGCUGUGCUGCUCCAUCCGGAUAAGUGCGUUGCCCCGGGCAGCGAGGAUGCUUUCAAGGCCGUGGUGAAUGCUCGCACCUCCCUGCUCAAGAACAUCAAGUAGACGCCAGCUAGCGACUGCUCACCCUGACCCCUAACCCCUCGCCAUGUGUCCUCGUCUAAUACCACCUCACCUUCAGAACAUCAUCAGCUUCUCUACCCCCUCCCAAACCCCAAAACCAACCCUUCCCCCUUCUCUGCUCUCCAUCCCUCCCACCCCAGCCCUCUCCUCUCACACCAGAUGCCAUGACAUUUUGCUACAACAGUUUUAUAAAGUCACUACUGAUGAUGUGCCACAGCAACUCAGUCUCUCUGUACGGAAGACUAUCAAUGCUUUACACUGUAGUCUUUCACACACUUGAGAGAGAAGUCACUGGAAGACUGGGUGUGUCAUCUGCUUGGUCAGUUGUGUUUUCUCUGGUCCAGAGCCUUCAAACGGCUUGUUGACCUCUCCUGUUUUAAGGAAGGCUCAGCAUCAGCAAGCCACAUGUAACGCCCUGGACAAGAGCUAUAUAUGUGUACACGUAACGCUCUGGACAAGAGCUAUAUAUGUGUAAACAUGAAGGGUUGGUUGUCAGAAGGGGUGGUUGUCAGAAGGUGGGUAAUGUGUCUGGGUUGAUGCUUGUGAUCUAAUGAUCUUACUGGGGGUCUCUGACUCUCUGGGCAAGCUGAUCCCGUAGACAUGAACGAGUACAUACUUAUAUCCAUACAUAAACCAGUGUCAUACAUCCUUACACUAACUUACUGUCCAUACUACACUACAGCCCCUACUCUGCCCUCUGAACAUGCUUACCCCAGCCAGCCCCAUACAGUAGACCUUGUUGGAGUUCAUUCCUUGUUUAUCAUUGGCUCAUUGGUGAAAUUAGCAUUCAGACAAUAUCUUUAAGUAAAUUAUUUAUUAAUGCAAUUUCAGACAGGAAGUUGACAACGGGGACAUGGCACCCAUGUUUCCGAGUAAGUUCUGCAAAAUAGAAAAGGUCCCAAGUUGCUUUUAUCAUGCUUGUAGUCAACCCCCUGUGAUGUAACUGCCUACGUCAUUACCUUCUACUCAUGAGACCAAAACCAUGCCCACACAGCUAUAUAAACAAGAGUUUUAGUGUUAUCUAAAAGCUUAGCAGUAAAUGUCCAAGUUGAUUUAUAGUGGAAUGUCUAACUCGUCUCUUAUCUCUUGCACAACCCUGCAGAGUUCUGUCUCAGUCACACAUCUCUCAGACCGUUUCUUUAUAAGAGGCAGAGACUAGAAACGACUGGAACAAUAUUAAACCUCUAUAAUGAAUAUAUAUAUUGUUAAUCUGUAGUCUAGGACCCUAUAAAUGUAAGGAGGGAGUCUUAUAACCCCUCCCCUUCUAUUAAUACAACAUAAGCAUAAUCAAUUAUUAUAAUACAUCAAACAUUUGGUACAGCCCCUAUCAUGACCCCUAGGUGAACCCCUGACAACCUCAGUGUACUGAGGGGUAUGAAAACUAGCAGAGAUGGGGAAACUACAACACACUAACCUCUAAGCAAGUGUCAUCCUGGCUCUAUAGGGUCAUACGUACAGUACCAGUCAAAAGGUGGGACACACUUACUCAUUCAAGAUUUUUUUUUAACAUAAUUUUUUUUUUUUUUAAAUGUCUACAUCAUAGAAUCAUAUUGAAGACAUCAAAACUAUGAAAUAACAUGUGGAAUCAUGUAGCCAAAAAAAGUGUUAACCUGUUAGUCCUAUAGGGGCAGUAUUUCAUUUUUGGAUAAAAAGACGUGCCCGUUUUAAGCGCAAUAUUUUGUCACGAAAAGAUGCUCGAAUAUGCUUGGAAUUGAUAGCUUUGGAAAGAAGACAGUCUUACGUUUCCAGAAAUGCAAAGAUUUUCACUGUGAGUCCCUUAGAACAAAUGUUUCGGGCAAAACCAAGAUGUAUGACCGACCAGGAAAUGCACAGGAUAUCUGAGGCUACGUUUUCCAUGAUCGCCUUAUAUGGCUGUGAAUGCGACAGGAAUGAACGGACUCUUUCUCUUGUUUCCCCAAGGUCUCUGCAGCAUUGUGACGUAUUUGUAGGCAUAUCAUUGGAAGAUUGACCAUAAGAGACUACAUUUACCAGGUGUCCCGCUAGGUGUCUGCGUGGCAAUUUGUGCGCAAAAGUCAGGUCCCGGUAUUUUUCCAUUCAAAUCUCAGAACAAACCAGGCUACAAGGACGGUGCUUUCAAUGGAGAGAAAUAUGACAAACCACCUUCAGGAUUGAUUCAAACAACGUUUUCCAUGUUUCAGUCGAUAUUAUGGAGUUAAUUCGGAAAAAAGUUCGACAUGUAGGUGACUGAAUUUUCGGUUAGUUUCGGUAGCCAUAUGCAUAGUAACAAAAGGGAACGAUGUGUCCUACACAAGAAUCUUUCAGGAAAAACUGGACAUCUGCUAUGUAACUGAGAGUCUCCUCAUUGAAACAUCUGAAGUUCUUCAAAGGUAAAUUAUUUUAUUUGAUUCCUUGGCUGGUUUUUGUGAAUAUGUUGCGUGCUAAAUGCUAAUGCUAACGCUAAGCUAGCUAUCACCACUCUUACACAAAUUAGUGAUUUUCUCUGGUUCUAAAGCAUAUUUUGAAAAUCUGAGACGACAGGAUUGUUAAGAAAAGGAUAAGCUUGAGAACAGGCAUAUUUAUUUCGUUUCAUUUGCGAUUUUUAAAAAUCGCUAACGUUGCGUUAUGCUAAUGAGCUUGAGGCUGUAGUAACGAUACCGCAUGCGGGAUGGGGCGGACUAAGAGGUUAAACAAAUCAAAAUAUAUUUUAUUUUCGAUUCUUCAAAGUAGCCGACCUUUGCCUUGAUGACAGCCUUGCACACUCUUGGCAUUCUCUCAACCAGCUUCACCUGGAAUGCUUUUCCAACAGCCUUGAAGGAGUUCCCACAUAUGCUGAGCACUUUUUGGCUGCUUUUCCUUCACUCUGCGGUCCAACUCAUCCUAAACCAUCUCAUUUGGGUUGAGGUCGGGUAAUUGUGGAGGCCAGGUAAUCUGAUGCAGCACUCCAUCACUCUCCUUCUUGGUCAAAUAGCCCUUAAACAGCCUGGAGGUGUGUUGGGUUAUUGUCAAAUCAAGCGCAAACCAAAUGGGAUGGCGUAUCGCUGCAGAAUACUGUGGUAGCCAUGCUGGUUAAGUGUGACUUGAAAUCGAAAUAAAUCACUGACAGUGUCACCAGCAAAGCACCAUCACACCUCCUCCUCCAUACUUCAUGGUGGGAACCACACAUGCGGAGAUCAUCCGUUCACCUACUCUGCGUCUCACAAAGACACGGCGUUCGGAACCAAAAAUCGCACAUUUUGACUCGUCAGACCAAAGGCCAGAUGUCCACCGGUCUCAUGUCCAUUGCUCGUGUUUCUUGGCCCAAGCAAGUCUCUUCUACUUAUUGAUGUCCUAUAGUAGUGGUUUCUAGCCAAUUUCAUCAUGGUGCUUGAUGUUUUUUGCGACUGGUAUUGAAGAAACUUUCAAAGUUCUUGAAAUUUCCCGGAUUGACAUUAAAGUAAUGAUUGACUGUCCUUUCUCUUUGCUUACUUGAGCUGUUCUUGCCAUAAUAAGGACUUAGUCUUUUACCAAAAAGGGCUAUCUUCUGUAUACCGUAUCAAAUCAAACUUUAUUUGUCACAUGUGCCGAAUACAACAAGUGUAGACUUUACCGUGAAAAUGCUUUACUUACAAGCCCUUAACCAACAGUGCAGUUCAAGAAGAAAAUAUUUAUCAAGUAGACUGAAAUGAAAAGUAAUAAUUUAAAAAAACAACACAAUAAGAAUUACAAUAACGAGGCUAUAUACAGGAAGCACCGGUACCGAGUCGUUUUCCCGGGGUAAAGGCUGUUGAUGUAAUCUGUACAUAUAGGUGGGGGCGAAGUGACUAUGCAUAGGUAACAUACAAACAGCGAGUAGCAGUAGUGUACAAAAGUGGGGGGGGGGGGUCAAUGUCAUUUGUCCGGUGGUGAUUUUAUGAAUUGUUCAGCAGUCUUAUGGCUGGUGGGUAGAAGCUGUUGAGGAGCCUUUUGGUCCUAGACUUGGUGCUCCGGUACCGCUUGCCAAUCGAUAGCAGAGAAAACAAAUAUAAAAUGUAUUUUGAUUUGUUUAAUACUUUUUUGGUUACUACAUGAUUCCAUAUGUGUUAUUUCAUAGUUUUGAUGUCUUCACUAUUAUUCUAUGAUAUAUAAAAUAGUAAAACAUGAAGAAAAACCA